AACCUGCAACUGUAAACAAUCUUUUGGGAGACAGUUAAUCAAGAGUUGACAGCAAUUAAGUAAUCUUUUAAUAAACCUAUGUCUACAGAAAAAACUCAGGUGUAGUCACUUUUGUUUCUCAAAGCGAUAAUUUUGUUAUUUUUUUAGAAAUUACGCUUUUACAGAUUGAAGCGAAAGUUGCAUUGGUCGGACACAGCUUUAUUUCGGAUAAAGGUAAUGUGAAUUGCAGUCAUGAGUAAUCCUCUGUCCAGCCUGAAGAAACAGCACAAGAGUCCUUUCACCAAUGCAGGGCAGAGACCCAUGCCCUUCAGGAACCCAGCGUAUUCAGAUGAUGAGAGUAAACUGCUGGAAGAGAUCACUGGAGGAAUGGCGUCGCAGAGACUCCGAACUCGCGACCCAUUUUCUGGUGGUCUGCCAAAACUUCCAGAUGUAUCGCCAAGAAUGUCACAGGGGUUUGGGACUGCACAAAAGCCAUCAGAUAUAGAAAGGUCAGGGUCAUCAUUAUCUAACCUUGACCUUGGUGAACUUGAGACAGCUGGUCCGAGUGACCACGAGUUGAUGUCUACAAUGAUGAGCAGAAUUACACAGCUAGAAUCCAAGCUGGCUUAUCAGGCUAAAGAAUUAAAUGAUAAGGAUAAAAAAAUCAAGGUGCUCACAGACAAAGUCAGACUUCUACAGAAAUCUCAAGAAACUGACACCCAUUCUCAUAUAGCUGAGUUAGAGAACAAAUGUUACCUGUUACAGGACCAGAUACAGGACAUGGAGACAUUCCUGGCAGACUAUGGUAUGAUUUGGGUAGGGAACCAGUCAGGAGAUGAUUCAGAUGAUGACAGUGAUAGUGGGGGUGAUCAGUUGUGGAGACCAGCAUCAUCAGUGUCACAGCAGCCAAAAUUUCGAGUGGACUAUAAUCGUUUGUUUGAAAACAUCAAAGACCUUAAUGCUCUGGCUGGGGAAGGUGUUGCCUCGGUUACACAUACAAAAGAUGGUGCUAGAUUAAAGAUGCCAGAUGCAGUACAGCUGACAGUGUAUGCCAAUGGUAUAUUUAUGUUCAGUGGUCCUUUCCGACCGUUCUCUGAUACUGUCACACAGUCAUUUAUGCAGGAUAUAUUAGAUGGCUAUUUUCCCAGUGAACUACAGGCUAGAUACCCUGAUGGUGUCCCAUUUCAUGUAACUGACAAACGUGAAGUACAUUUUGAAGACAAAAGAGCUGAAGUUUUUACUGGUGCAGGGCAAACACUGGGUGGAGAAACCAAACCCUCUAGGCUGGUACCUACUAAAUUACAAGACAGCAAAGUUUCUUCAACACAAACCUCAGAACCAGUCAGUGAAAAAAGGGAGACAACUAGUGAAAAACCAGGACCACAAAUCACUGUGGAACAGUUUCUUCAGAAAUUGCCUAGAUCUGUCAUUAGAUCAGGGAAAGUUAUAGAUAUCAGAAGUUCUGUAGGGGACACUAUUCAUGGAGGUGCCAAACAUCAGACAGAUUUAACUGUGAUUGAAACAGACACUGUCUUAGAAAUGAAAAAGAGGUUGGAAGGAGAAGAUUCGGGCCGACCAUUUACACCUCGAGAUAUUACAACACUGAGAGUGAAGUCAGAGGAUGGAAAUCACACAUACAUACUUAAAAUGAAGUUCAGCAAUACUGUAGGAGAUCUCAGAAACUAUAUAAAAUCUCAAAGAGGAGAAGGCACACCAGAUUUUGACAUUGUAUCAGCAUAUCCAAACAAGACACAUUCCAAUGACAAUGUUACACUCCAUGAUGCAGGUCUUACACCUAAUGCAGUAGCACAUCUUAAAGUGCGGAAGUGAUGGCAUUUAUUUGCCUCAUUUUCCUUCAAAAGAAGGAAAUUAUUUAUACUAGUCUGUUAGCUGUGCUUUGUGUUGAUCAAGGUGUACAUUCUGGACAAAUGAAAUAUGUGAUUACAGUCGAACCUUUGCCAGGUACUACCUGGCUAUAAAGAUGACAAGUUUCAUUUACAGUUGUUACAGUUAGGACCUGUGAACAUAGACCACUAUGUUAUUAGGACUACUUUUUGAA